CAGAUCACAGAUAACAAAGAAGAAGAAGAAGAGGAUUUCAGGAUAAUUCAAAUUUCUUUUGUUUUGGAUCGUUGUUCCUUCAUCGGGGACAUCGAUUAACGGUUGUUUUUCCGUCGAUCAGAUGGUUCUAUCAAUGGAGUGAUCGGCCGGCUCUCCAUUUGAUUCUUAAAAAAAAUCCAGCCAACUAUGGGAACUGUUGAUAUCUAAUUUUCAUAUUCAUGAUUAUUAGGGCUUCACACAAUUUGACCAUUCAAUCACAUUCGGCUUCUGAGCUGGGCGCCUGCUUGACAGCAAGGAAGAGAGUCUCUUCCAGUGCCGCCGCCACUGCCGAGUGUGAUUGUUUCUGGCUUUCACCGUUGUUUCAUGUCUCCUAACUUGGAAAGCCCAGUUCACACUCAGAUGGCUGUAGCAGCUUUCAAAAGUCCACUUGGCAGUGGUGAGUAUCAUGGAAACAAUAAGAUGGAAGGAAAACCCUCAGCAAGGAGGCGUGUCUUUGUUCAGACUGAAACAGGAUGUGUUUUGGGAAUGGAACUUGAUCGAAGUGACAAUGUACAUACUAUAAAGAGGAGAUUGCGUAUUGCCCUAAAUGUCUCAACCGAUGAGAGUUCUUUGACAUUUGGUGAUUUGGUUCUGAAAAAUGAUCUCAGUGCUGUUAGAAACGAUUCACCUCUUCUGUUAACACGAAACUCAAUCCAUAGAAGCUCGUCAACUCCUUGUCUCUCACCUACUGGCAGAGAUAACCAACACAGAGACUGGAGUGGUCCUAUUGAGAUACUAGGGCAAUCAACCCGAUUUGCUCGGACAAAGCUACUCGUAAAGGAAAUCGUCAAGGGAAUGAAAAUAGGGGUUGAACCACUACCUGUUCAUAGUGGGCUGGGAGGAGCUUACUAUUUUAGAAACAGUAGAGGUGAGUGUGUUGCUAUUGUUAAGCCUACGGAUGAAGAACCAUUUGCACCAAACAACCCAAAAGGGUUUGUCGGCAAAGCUCUAGGACAGCCAGGUUUUAAGCGUUCUGUUCGCGUUGGAGAAACAGGGUUUAGGGAAGUUGCAGCUUAUCUCCUUGACCAUGACCAUUUUGCGAAUGUACCUCAAACAGCAUUGGUAAAAAUUUCUCAUUCCAUUUUCAAUAUAAAUAAUGGCGUAAAUGGAAAUAAGUAUCCAAACAAGAAGGUGGUCAGCAAAAUCGCUUCCUUCCAACAAUUUAUCCCACACGACUUCGAUGCGAGUGACCACGGAACAUCCAGCUUCCCAGUUUCUUCUGUUCAUAGUAUAGGCAUACUCGAUAUCAGGAUUUUCAACACAGACAGGCAUGCAGGAAAUCUACUCGUCCGAAAGCUUGACAGUGUUGGGAGGUUUGAUGAUCGAGUUGAGCUUAUACCCAUUGAUCAUGGCCUCUGUCUUCCGGAAUGCUUGGAGGACCCUUAUUUUGAAUGGAUACAUUGGCCCCAGGCUUCAAUUCCUUUUUCUGAGGAUGAGCUUGCGUACAUAGCAAAUCUCGAUCCAUUUAAGGACUCUGCUAUGCUUCGAAGUGAGCUUCCCAUGAUCCGUGAGGCCUGCCUCCGUGUUUUAGUCCUAUGCACAGUUUUCCUCAAGGAAGCUGCUGCCUAUGGUCUCUGUCUUUCUGAGAUUGGGGAAAUGAUGAGCAGAGAGUUCAGAAGUGGUGAAGAAGAUCCUAGUGAGCUCGAGGUUCUAUGCAUUGAGGCUAGGAAGUUAGUUUCUGAAAGAGAGAUACCAUCACCAAGGACCGAAGCAGGAGAAGAGGAGUUUCAAUUUGAUAUUGACUAUGACGAUGAUGAAGAAGAAGAAGAACAUCAUGACUUUGCUCGCUAUUCGUUUGGUCGUUCUGUUCUUUCUAAACUUGAAGAAAGCAUUGAGGAAGAAGGGGAAAGUGAGGAAACUGGACUGGUUAACCUUUCUAUUUCUGACAAGGUAGAAACAAUUUCAAAUAUAUCCAUUUCACUGAAGAAUACUACUCUUGGAGAUAAGAACAAGAAUCAUAAAAAAUCAUCAGAGGGAAAACAAGGAUAUUUUCCAAGUUCAUCUUCUGGGAACAGGAGUGCUAAUGAACAGCUUCCAGUCAGCGUGAGCUUUGUGAAGCUGGCGGACAUGAAUGAAGAGGAAUGGUCACUUUUCUUAGAGAGGUUUCAGGAGCUUCUGCUUCCAGCAUUUGCUGAGCGAAAAUCUGCUGUUCCUUGUCUAAGGCAGAGGCUGAGGCUUGGAACUUCAUGCCAGUUUUGAGAUAAGAGAGUAAAAUCAAAGAGAUAUGAUUGAAGUUGAGAAAAUAAGCAUGGUUUACCAGAGUGAAGGCUUCCUAGUGUAGCUUUUGUUUUAUGGGUUUUCUCUAUGAAUAUUACUUGUAGCAAGAGUUAGAAUGGAUGUUGUAAAUAUUCUUAGAAGGUUUUCCAAGUGAAACACCAAAUAGGAUUUGGUUGUGUUCACCCCUUUUCUUUCUGUGCUUUUCUCCCCCAUUCUCUCAUAAUGGGCUUGUUUGAUAAAUAACUUGUAGAAUGUUAUAAGUGAAAAGAAUAUUAUGUAAAUUUUUUACUUGGUGCA